AUGAAUAGCACUGCGCUCUUCGUCGAUUACGCGUACGACAUGUACGACGGGAGUGACUUCGCCUUCGAGAACGCCACUACGGUCGACUUUUAUCCUGACAUUCCCCCUUAUGGGCUCCUGCAAAGAGCGAUUUUCUGGUACAAGCGAAUCCAAAUCGUGCUCUCGGCUGUGGCCAUCGUCUUCAUCAGCAUCGCCCUUCUGCUCAUCGCCAAAGAGAAGUCUUUUCACAGCAUAAACAACUACUUCAUCGCAAAUCUCCUCACAUCCGAUUUUGUGAUAGCCAUUAUGUCAUUGGCAGAUGUGUUCAGGUCUUACUCCUUAGGUCAAUGCGGCGGCAUUUACAGAUACUUUUACUAUGUGACAUAUCAAGUUUCGUGCUUCACAUUGCUUCUCCUAACCCUCACCCGAUACGAUGCGAUCAUCAACCCUCUACAAUCAGUCGGCCGUUGGAAUGGCCGCCGAGUUUCUAUCGCCAUCACCAUUAGCUGGUUGGCUUCCUUAACGGUGCACAUACCGUCUUACUUCUUGGUCUGCCGGCCAGCUACCCCCAUGGACCUUGCCAAUCACAUGUACUCCUACACCGUCAUGUUCAUUAUCCCGGGCAGCAUCCUCAUCGUCUGCUACGCCCGCAUCCUCUGGCGCGUGCUCAAUAACACCUUCCGAAAGAAACAAACCAUCGCUAAGCAACAGAAUACCAGGCUGGUCCGCGCCCUCCAGACCAAACUGACAAGGAUGGUGGUCCUGAUCCUACUGGUGUUUUUCCUCCUCCGCGCCCCCGUCAGCACCUAUCUUCUCUACAAGUACAUCUCAGGCUGGGCGACAGUCGGCUGGACGAGCAUGGUGAGGGAGCGCAUCGCCCUUUUUGUCUUCAUGCUAUUGUACCAGUCGUGUAGCGCAGUCGAUCCCUUCGUGUACGCUUUCUCGGCGCCGCAGUUUCGGAAGUAUCUCGGGGAGCAGUUGCGAUGCUGUCUGCGAAAGCCAUCGCAACAUACCAUUCAACAGCCACCGACUGCAAUGAGUCAACUGUCUGAGAACCAAGUGUAA